AUGGAAAUUAUAGAGAACUACAUUCUUCAAAAAUUCGAAUUUUUUACAAGGUGCAGCAGUGAGCAGUGUAGCAACUAGCAAGUUUACUAGAAAAAGAUGAAUUGGACUACCGAAUGGUUACCUGCUACUGAAGUGCUCUCGUGCAUUCUACGCGUUGUGCUGAAAUAAUAAUUCAUGUGCUAGUUUAACUUAAAUUAAUUAUAACGAAAUAGUUGCUUUGUGUGAUUUGAGUUUAGAAUUUAAAGUUUGCCUUCAUCAGCGUAAUAUAAUGAUAAUUGACUCGCUAGUAACGUAACAACGCUAGUGGCAAUACCUAGUUAUAGUAUUCAAGGACUUGGAACGUCGUUAGAAGCUAAUUCAAGAACUGAACAGUCGGCAAGACUUUAAACUGCGUGUGAUAUACUAUAUAAUUUUAACGCAUUUAAAAUUCUGAAUUUUAAAUUCGAUAAUUAAAAUACUUAAAAAAGUAACGGUCACAGACUUUUACAAUAUUGGAAUUCUCACAUUCAAAUAUACAUACAGAUUAUAAGAGAUAGAAAAAUAAAGCAAUAGAAAAAAAAAAGAAUAUUAAUAAAAGAAGAACCACAAUAUCUAAGAAUAGAAGAAAAGUUGAAUAAAGACGAGAGAAUAAACAAAGAUAUAAAUAUUUGAAACCUGUAAACAUACCGAGACAAGAGAGACCAAGAUUACUCUGAAAAAAAAACCUGAUAAAAGCAUUUACUUUUAACAUUGUGACAGACUAUUAAUAGUAAAUAGAUAUAGAAAGCUAUAGACCCACCUUAAAUCUAAUAUAAUUUAUAAUAAGAUAGCAACUGUGCAAUUGGGAUAAUUUAAUAGAACGACAUAUUAUCGCCACAGAUAAUAAGCAAAAGAAAGCUAAAACCCAAUCGUGAAGAACGACCUUUUAAAAAAAGAAACAAAAGAAGAAUUUUAAAAAAAUUUGACAGAUUAUAAAUAAAAGAGCACCGUGAUAUUUGAACAGACUGUAAAGAGUUUGGAAAGGAGGCUACGUGUAUGUUAGUUGUAUUUAUUUGAAUAAUGAGAGACAACAUGAAACCCUGCCAACACACGUUAUCAGAUGACGUGGUGUACAAAGAUGUAGUUGUUAUCGGCAACGGCCCCAGCGGCAUGGUGACGUCAUUUAUGCUGGCGGGAAACGUGCCGCACCUCAAACCGAUCCCGGACGACCUGCCCAUUGAUGAUAUGCUUAAAAUCAGAUUACAAAACCUCCCCACCGGGCAAAACCUGCUUGAAGCAGACCUCACAGCGCUGGCUGAAGGGUUGGAGGGCCGUAGUCAGAACCCCAUAGCUUUACUAAUAGACAAUUUACUGCGGCCCUGCGCCGACCUAGGCAUACAAGAAGACUCGCUGAUAGAGUGGCGGUAUGACGUCGAGAAACAGGUGGAGCACGUGGUGCUGGGGCGCGGGCCGGCGGGCGGCGCGUGGCACACGUUCCCGGGCGGCGUGCGCACGCUGUCCCCGGGCGCGUGGCUCGCUCUGCCGCCGCACGCGGGCGUGCGCACGCGCGCUCCGGGCCGCGUGCCCGCGCGCGCCGUGGCCGCCUACUGCCGCCGCUACGUGCGCGCGUGCCGCCUGCAGAGAUAUUUCCGGUGUGGAGUGGUGGUCACUAGCGUGACUCGCGCGCCGCGUUGCGGCCCGCCAUGCCAUCAUUCGUGCCCUCGCGCAGCUAACUUCUGGGUGUCGGGGUACGACAAGGCGCAGGGCCGCGGGUUCCGCUACGCGUGCCGGCGCGUGGUGCUGGCGUGCGGCGCGGGCGACCGGCCCAACGCGCUGCCGUCCCACGUGUCUGUCCACGCCGUGCACUCGCUGGCGCACGUGGAGCGGGCCUUGCACCUGUUGGCCACUAGAGAAGGCGACAGUGCUGAGAAUUCGGUGCUGGUGGUGGGGUCGGGCGUGAGCGCAGCGGACGCGGUGCGCCUAGCUCGCCUCGCGGCGUUGCCUGUGCGCCACGUGCACCGCGCCGCCGCCGACUCGCUGGCCAAGCUGUCGCCCGCCGCCUACCCCGACUACUGCCACGUAUACAAAAUGAUGCUGGACGGCCCGUCUGGAAACCACCCCUACUACACCCCGUACCCCGAACACAUGAUAGUGGAAAUAAACCCCUUAACCCACAAGGAGACGUCACCCAAACUGAAAGAGGACAUCGAUGACGAGACCUUGCAACCAAAAAGGGUUAAACUACUCAACUUAGUCACAAACGAGACAACAGAAAUAACUGUAUGUCUCAUAGCAAUUUUAAUCGGAUCUAAACCAGACCUGUUCUUCUUACAAACCAACUUUAGCUUAAACGAAAUAGACGUUCAGAAGGAAUGCAUAAAAUGCAUAGAGAAAAAGGAAGAGAACCAAAGACUAUGUUUCCUUAAGAGCCAUUGGAACAACCUGAAAAACGUGCUCGGGCAGGGCAUACAGAGUUGCAAGUCGAGAUACCUGAAUUACAAUGAAAUUAACGGUAACACGGAUACAAAGUGUUUAGUGACCCACUGUAAUAAAAGGAAGAUGAGCUCCGGCUCAGAAACAGACAAUGGCGACAAAACAAGUGCUGUGAAGUGUAAAUGUACAAAUACUAAAACAACAAUCAUUCCAUACGUAUGUGGCAAGAAGAUUGAGUGCGACUGCCAACCAACGAAUCCGUACAGUGCUGGAAUCGGUUUCGGUGUCGAUCCGACCAAGCCCGUGGACGGACGCGCGAACCCCAUAGCAAUAGACAAGGGUACGCACGAGAUUCUAAACGCUCCGAAGGGCAUGUACGCACUGGGGCCAGUGACCGCAGACAACUUCAUACGGUUCAUCCCGGGCGGCGCGGUGGCUAUCGCGGCGCAUAUACACCGGGAGAUAAAGGACGGAGUGACUUGCCAGUAGGAAUUGUGAUUUUCAUAUUUAAUUUUUUUUUUUUUACAAUAAAUUAUUUUUUAUACCCCC